AUGCAGCUGAAUGUGUCAGAAGCUCAGACACUGGCUCCAGAGCCAUGUGAGCAGCAGAUACUGCAGGAGGACAACGCUGGCCACUCCAGCAGAGAUUCCACCAGCAACAUGUCACUGCACUGCUGGCUGCAGCUCCUCACCAGGGAUUCAACCAUGGAGUUUCAAGGAGAAUACACCAGCCUGGUGGUGCGUAUCAUGAUAGCGUGUGUCUACUCUAUAGUCUGUGCACUCGGGCUGGUGGGAAACUCGCUGGCUCUGUAUCUGCUGCACUCGCGCUACAGGCAGAAGCAGUCGUCCAUCAACUGCUUCGUGAUGGGUCUGGCCAUCACAGACCUCCAGUUUGUCCUCACUCUACCUUUCUGGGCAGUGGACACAGCCCUGGACUUUCGUUGGCCAUUUGGCCGUGUGAUGUGCAAAAUCAUCAGCUCUGUCACCACCAUGAAUAUGUACGCCAGCGUGUUCUUCCUCACAGCUAUGAGCGUGGCACGAUAUUACUCUAUCUCCACUGCAAUGAAGAUGCACAGCAGGCGUGCAGCAGCUGCCAGGGCCAAGUGCACAAGCAUUGGCAUCUGGGCUGUCUCUCUGCUGGCCACUUUGCCCCACGCCAUCUACUCCACCAGCGCCCAGGUAUCAGAUGAGGAGUUAUGCCUGGUGCGCUUUCCAGACACUGGCAGUUGGGAUCCGCAGCUUCUCUUGGGUCUAUACCAGCUGCAGAAGGUUCUGCUGGGCUUCCUCAUUCCUCUCAUCAUAAUUACAGUCUGCUAUCUCCUGCUUCUGCGCUUGAUCCUCACCCGAAGAAUAGCCGGUGCAUCGAGCACAGAAAGUGAGCAGGGUCGGCAAAACCGGCGCUCCAAAGUAACUAAAUCCAUCAUCAUCGUGGUUCUCUCCUUCUUCCUGUGCUGGCUGCCCAACCAGGCGCUGACUCUGUGGGGGGUGCUCAUAAAGUUCGACCUUGUGCACUUCAGCAAGGCUUUCUACAAUGUGCAGGAGUACGCCUUCCCCCUGACUGUGUGCUUGGCUCACACCAACAGCUGCCUCAACCCCGUGCUCUACUGCCUGGUCCGCACGGAGUUUCGGGCCGCUCUCAAGGAACUUCUCCUCCACGCCACUCCAUCCUUCAGGAGCCUGACUCAUCUGCUGCGUCGCAAAGCCAAAGUGGCUGAGGCACCGCCAGGGCUGGUGCUGGUCCAAAUGGAUGUCUGACAGGACGACUAGCUCACUGUGACAGAGCAGCUGAUGGAGUGAGGGACAAACUAAAUAAGUGAAAGCUGCCCAUAUAAAACUUUGGAUCUGGAUCUAUUUACCAUGACGCUGUGUUUAUCUCAGACAUGUCAGCCCCCCAUACAUCUGCUUGACUUUGAAAACAACACCAUCAUAAUGGACCACCCAUCGCUAUGCGCCCCAAUUUCAACGCAUGCUCCAAGAUUCACUGAGCGACUCUCUGACUGUUUGUCUAGCUCUCUCUCUUCCUCUGACUGGCAGCCCUUGUACUGCUCCCUGGUAAACUCUCAUGAAUAUGUAUAGAUGUCGAUCACAAAUGAGAUUAAAAUAGUCACAGCUCUCAGACAUCUCUGAGACGAAUCAGCUCAAUCUGAUAGUGAACUACUAAUAAUGUUAUAGUUUGUUCUUUGUUGCAGUUGUGUACAAUGUUCGUCAAAAAGCAAACUAGAAAAAGUAGGCUUACUGUGUAUAUUUGCUAAAUCCAAAUGACAAUGAGAAGAAACAAGUAAAAAGCUUAUUGGUCCACAGUUGUUUGAAGCUGAGACAAUAGAGGAUAAGAGUGACGGCCACUUAACUGACAAUGGCUCUGGCUUCAGAAGUAAAUUUACUGUUUAGUUUCUAAAUUGAGAUCUUCUCCAAUCAUUAUAAUUGUCUGUUGUGUGUUUUACUGUUAAAAGGUUUCAGGCUUAAAAAGAUUUAAGCAAAAAAGAAACAGGACUCUGUCGAUAACUUUUUUAAGAGUGAAGGAACUACACAUCCCAUAAAGCAUUCGGAAUGAUCUCUUUCAAAUGACCUAACCUUGUUGUAGGGAUUUUCACCCCUUUAGACUGUUUUCUCCACUCUGAAAAACUGCAGCAUGUUAGAAAGGGAAAUCAUGGUAACUCUGUGGUCCACAUAAUGAAACGCUAAACCAUCCAAUUGCAUUCGACAGGAAUUUCGCUGUUGUGAUACAUUUUCAAUGGUAACAGCAACCACACCAAUCACAGCUGUUGAUUGAGGUACCUCUACAGGAGCAUAUACCAAUGUUUCACAGUCUCAUAGCUUGUGGUAAGACCUGAGUUAUGGCUGAUUAUCAAAUUCUCUUUACAGAAAAUUAGAUUUUUACCUCCAGGACCACGCUGUUGAGCUUAACAACAUCUGUGAAAUGUAACCAAUCAGCAAGCUCAUGUUUAAAUCCACUGAUCUGGCCAAUCACAACCAUUUAUCUAAAAUGGAGAUGAUUUGAGCACCCAAUGGGAGUGCAGCAGAAGCAUAUUUAAUUUUGGCUGAUGCUGAUGCUGGCGUGGACAGACCUGUUGCAUCUGCCAUGAGAUGAACUGAAUGAUAGAUUCUCUCCAAAAGAAGAACAACUCGUGGAAAAUAAAAUUAAACUGAAAUGUCAAUGUGAGUUGUUUAGUAAAAGAAAGACUCUUUACAUUCUGGAUGAAUAGUGACUCCUUAAUUUACAGUUGGAUAAAAAGAUAGAACGCACUGAUAUACAUUGAAGGGUUCAGUGUAAUUAUUAUAUAGAAGUGAAUUGAAUGUGUCCUUGUGGCAACCUGGAGAUCUAGAGAUGAGGUCGUUCAGUUUUGCAUUCUAUGCACAGAAAUAGGAAAAUGUCUUCUCUCUCUCACACACACACACACACACACACACACACACACACACACACUUGGGUGCAUGUUUCUCAUUCUUGUAGAUGCGUCAGAAUGAAAAACAUAUUGAAUAAUUGAAAAUUUGAAUUAAAUUUACAUUGAAUGUAUGUCUUUACAGCAUAUCAAAAUCAGUCCUGACAUUAUUCCAUAAAAAUAACAGCUCAGUCCACUGACUCCCCCCGUCAGUCGUUCCUUCUCUGUUAAUUCACAUUGUUUUGUAUUUUGCAGGAGCACAUAACCAAGUAAAACUGAUGUGACAGUGUGAUCUGCUGUGAUUAUGUCAUCUCUCUGUGUUCUGUAAUGACUGUGACUCUAAUCCUGAUCUUACAACUGCUGUUGAUUUGAUGUUUCAAUUGUAAAAAAUGUAUCGACAGACACUAUGUAAAUGAAAUGUAGUAAAGAUUUCAUUAAAAAAAACUUGAGCAUGAA